AUGGGGCCUGUUGAACCCCCCCAACGGAAAGGGCGCCUUCCCCAAUAUGCACGUGAAAAACUUCUCGAGUUACAAGAUAAAUUUGAUGAACUGGAGAAUCAGGGGGUCUUUAAACGCCCAGAAGACGUAGGCAUCUCCGUGGAAUAUCUAAAUCCAUCAUUUCUAGUCCGCAAGCCGAAUGGAGGUUCACGCCUUGUAACAGCCUUUGCUGAUGUUGGAAGAUACAGCAAACCUCAACCGUCGUUAAUGCCAAACGUCGAUUCAACAUUACGCCAAAUCGCCCAAUGGAAUCACCUCAUUGCGACUGACCUAACCAGUGCAUUUUAUCAGAUCCCUCUGUCAAGAGACUCUCUGAAAUACUGCGGAGUCGCAACUCCCUUUCGCGGCGUCAGAGUUUACACCCGUUGUGCAAUGGGUAUGCCUGGUUCUGAAACUGCGUUAGAAGAACUAAUGUGCCGCGUCCUUGGAGAUCUUCUUGCUGAAGGCGUUGUUGUCAAGCUUGCCGAUGAUCUCUACUGUGGAGGAAACACCCCACAUGAACUCUUCAGCAACUGGAAAAGAACCCUCCAGGCUCUUCACGAAUGCAAUCUUCGCUUGUCUGCCUCCAAAACAAUCAUCAACCCCAAGACCACUACUAUUCUUGGAUGGAUCUGGAGUGCAGGCACCUUGAAGGCUAGCCCCCACCGAGUUGCUACGCUAGCCCAAUGUCCAACCCCAACUACCGUUGGUCGCAUGCGUUCUUUUAUUGGCGCAUACAAGGUACUUUCACGAGUUGUACCACAGUGCUCCACAUUUCUAUCACCCCUCGACGAAAUUGUCGCUGGCCGGGAGUCACGAGAUACUAUUGAGUGGACUGACAAUCUACAUACGGCUUUCUAUAAUGCCCAGAAGGCCCUCUCUUCCACCCGCGUCAUCACCCUGCCAAGACCUGAGGAUUUCCUAUGGAUUGUCACGGAUGGCGCCCUGCGUGACCCAGGAAUCGGCGCCACACUUUACAUCACACGUAACGGCAACCUACACCUCGCUGGGUUCUACAGCGCCAAGCUAAAAGGUUCACAGUCGUCUUGGUUGCCCUGCGAAGUUGAGGCACUGUCUAUAGCCUCUGCUACCAGACAUUUCAGCCCCUACUUAAUACAAUCUCAUCACCGAGCGGCCAUCUUGACUGACAGCAAACCCUGCGUACAGGCGUACGAGAAAUUAUGCCGCGGCGAGUUUUCCGCAAGCCCACGAAUUUCGACCUUCCUCUCUGCAGUCAGUCAGUACCAAGCCACAGUCAGGCACGUAUCAGGGUCCUCCAUUCUCCCCUCAGAUUUCGCAAGUCGAAACGCUCCACCGUGCGAAGAUGAAGCCUGUCAGAUCUGUUCCUUUGUCAAACAGCUCGGGGACUCUGUUGUCAGGCGCUCAUCAAUUCAGGACGUCAUUGAUGGCAACGAGCGGCUCCCUUUCACUAGCCGAUCAGCUUGGCUCGCGAUUCAGUCCGAGUGUCCUGACUUACGUCGAACUCACUCCCACCUCAAACAGGGCACCCGACCUUCGAAAAAGGUAACAAACAUCAAAGACGUCAAACGAUAUCUUGGUGUCGCCACCAUCGCCAAGGAUGGCUUACUCGUCGUAAAACGUGAAACACCCUUAUCGCCCAGCCGUGAGUGCAUCAUUGUUCCACGUCGCGUUCUUGACGGCGUACUCACAGCUCUACAUAUUCAGCUAUGUCACCCGUCAACUCACCAACUCAAGAUGGCCACCAAGCGCUAUCUGUUCGCCCUUGAUCUUGAGAAGGCCAUCGUUCGCGUGUCUCAAGCUUGCCACCAUUGCGCUUCUCUCCUUACAAGCAGCAAAGCACGUAUAGAACAGUCGUCUUGCGACCCGCCCGACGCCAUUGGAGUUUCUUUCGCAGCAGACGUCAUACGUCGGUCACGCCAGUUUAUCCUGAUUGUACGAGAGUGCGUGACUUCGUACACUACCAGCUUACUGUUAACCAAUGAGCAACACUCUACCCUUCGCGAUGCUCUCAUUCGUCUUUGCGUGCAGAUGCGUCCCCUCGACGGUCCCGUCGCCAUCAUUCGCACUGACCCAGCCCCAGGAUUUCAAGCGCUAAAGGAAGACAAGCUCCUGCAACACCAUCGAUUAGUCCUCGAAAUUGGACGCGCAAAGAACGUCAAUAAGAACCCGGUAGCUGAAAAGGCAGUACAAGAGUUAGAACGUGAGAUCCUACAGCUUGACCCACUAGGGGGCCCUGUCUCUGAAGUAGCACUUGCAGUCGCUACAGCUAAUCUCAACGCCCGCAUCCGAUUACGUGGUCUGUCUGCGAGGGAAAUGUGGACUCAGCGUGACCAGUUUUCCAACAGUCAACUCCCCUUCCAAGACCAAACCCUCAUAGAGAAACAGCACGACCAGCGGAAUUCUAACCACGCGUACAGCGAGAAAUCUAAAGCGCCCACCGCAGACUUUCGCCCAUCCACAGCAAUCACUGUUGGCGACCUCAUUUACCUGCAUCCCGACAGGAACAAGACCCGAGGGCGAGAUAGAUAUCUCGUCGUAGACACUGAAGGAGGCUUCUGUAAUAUCAGAAAGUUUAUUGGCUCGCAGUUACGUUCUACGUCAUACAGAGUAAAAAAAACAGAUUGCUACAAGGUUCCAUCUGAAGUACCGGACAAGACACCGACUGCAGCCUAUGACUGUGACUCUUCCGCAGAUGAAGAUGACACUCCGGCCACCAAGAGGCUUCCGCCCCCAGCCCCACCAGAUAUACCGACAGCGAUAACUGAUCCACCUUCCCGGGAUGUACCACCCCAAAGUGAUGCCGACGCCUCUGAGACGAGAGCUAUGGACUCCAGUCACUGUCCCUCCAAUCUUCAAGAUGAUGACACAUCCCCACCUAGGAGGUCUACCCGCGAGCGUCACCUUCCCUUACGUUAUAGAGACGACGACUUUAUCACUGACUUUAAAUAG